AUGAAAUUCUUCUGUACUCCCCCCCCCCCCCCCAGAUGCUAUCAUGAGAAUGGAAAAAACUACAGAGGCACAGUUCGCAAAACCCGUAAAGGCAUCAUCUGCCAGAAGUGGAAUGUUAACACACCUCACCACACCAAGAUAAACCCAGGAACGUAUCCUAAUGCCAACCUGACAGAGAACUACUGUCGCAACCCAGAUGGAGACCAGCACGGACCCUGGUGCUACACCACUGACCCCAAGACGGAGUUUGACUACUGUGCCAUCAAACAGUGUGCUGGAGAGAGAGUGGCUGUGACAGAACCAGUAGAGAAAGUUGUGUUUAAUGAGUGCGGGAAGAGAGACGAUCGUAUACUGCGCUCACGGCUUCGUAUUGUUGGUGGGAUUCCUGGGAAUGCGCCAUGGACAGUGAGCCUCAGAGACAGAAGAGGAAAUCAUUUCUGUGGUGGAUCCCUGGUUAACGCCAGAUGGGUGAUCAGCACCAAGCAGUGCUUCUCCUCCUGCUAUGUGGACCUGCCCGGGUACUCGGCCAUGUUGGGGACAGUGUACCGUGAUCCCCAAGAAGGAGAGCCUGAUGUACAAACCAUUCCACUCACCAAGAUCGUCUGUGGGCCCUCUGAGUCUCAGCUGGUCAUGCUACAACUAGAACAAGCUGCACAGUUUAACGAGCGCGUCUCUCAGAUCUGUCUUCCUCCUGAGCGUCACACUGUACCAGAGGAAACAAUUUGUGAGAUUUCUGGAUGGGGCGAGACAAAAGGGUCUGGAAAUGAGACUGUCCUACAAGUGGCUCACAUACCAGUAAUUACUAAUAAGGACUGCAACAAAUACUUCCGUGAUCGUGUCCGUGAGAAUGAAAUGUGCACAGGCACCUUUCAUGGUGGCGUAGGUGCCUGUGAGAAAGACUAUGGCGGACCAUUGGCGUGUCAGUACAGCGACUGCUGGGUGCUGGAGGGUGUCAUCAUUCCAAUGAGGCGCUGCGGAUACCAAGGGCAGCCCAAUAUCUUCAUCCGUGUUUCGUACUAUGUGGACUGGAUCAAGAAGGUCAUGGAAAUGGCGUAAACAGCUAGGUGACGAAAUCCAAUGGGGACUGAGUAAAUCUGCUUAUUACCAGCUUAUCAUGCAACUGUACAUGUUUUCCCCUCUGAUAUGUUCCUUUUACAGUGCAACUGUUAGUAACACAUAAGUAUUAUUCUUCAUAAUAUGCACAUAUAACUUGGAAAUGUAUUGAUAUACAGUAUCACAGGUUGUCUUUUGUUUCUGUAAAACGUUCAGAGAAGAUACAUCAACUUGUUAUUUCUAAUUAAAAUUUGUUAUUUAAAGGGCUCAUGUUGUUCAAAUGUUUCAGCUACAAUUUACAGUGGAAUAUAUCACGUUUUGUAUUAAACUCCCUCAAACGCUGACUAUGUAGUGUAGAAACU